GGCGUGCUUUGUGUUAUGUAAAAACGCGGUUUUUUUGCAGACCUGGCAACCUCCGCACCGGUUCGGUCAUUCGACGCAGACUCAAACAUCAUGGCGGACGAAGUUGAGCAGCAACCAACUACAAACACAGUUGAGGAGCCACUUGAUCUGAUCAGGCUCAGUCUAGAUGAGCGAAUCUACGUCAAGAUGAGGAAUGACCGCGAGCUCAGAGGCCGACUUCAUGCUUACGAUCAGCACUUGAACAUGAUCCUUGGUGAUGUGGAGGAGACGGUGACGACAGUGGAGAUCGAUGAGGAGACUUAUGAAGAACUCUACAAGUCUACCAAGAGAAACAUCCCCAUGCUGUUUGUGAGAGGUGACGGCGUUGUCCUUGUAGCUCCACCUCUCAGGGUGGGCUAACUUCGAUUACAUCCUGGUGUGCAGCAGGGUUUGCUCCAGUACAAUUUCAGCCCACAGAAGAGAUAAAAUCUCUUUUUUUGUCAACAUCAUCCACUCACAUGAGACAAAUUAUUAAUUUUUGUUUUGUUGUCAGAUGUAAAACAUGUCGAUGAAAAAAAAGAGAGAACUUUUGUAAGCCAGUGUUUAAUAGGUGUUAUUUUGGCAAGUUGCCAUUUUUCAAGCCACAUUUUCAUUUAACAGGAUAUUUAGGCUAUUUCAGAACAUUAGAUCAGGUAAAAAGUCCAUUUUAAGUUCCAAAGCUAAGAAUACUCAUUAUGUUUAAACAUAAUCGCAUAAUUUUAGUUAUGUGACUGUAUGUGCUCUUUGUCUAAAAAGACUCACCAAACGUAACGCUGAGCGAUAUGUAUGAUUCUUAAGUUUAUAAUUUUGUCAACUGUACCGUUGGUUUGUUCAGAGCAAAAGUCUGUCAGUUCACUCCAAACAGAAGAUCUGUGAAUAUGUUUUUUUUUUUUUUUGGUUUCUGUCAUAACAUUUUAGUUGAAUAUUUUAUAUUUUUGUAGUACUGUGGAGGAUGUGGGAGUAAAUCACACACAGAUGUGUCAAUGUGUGCAAAGAUUUUUCAGUUUGGUCUUGUAAAGUUAAAUAAAAAAAUAAAAGUAAUUGGAAAAUGUA